GCCAGAGGCUCCUGGCUCCCCGAAGGCCUGUGAGAGGGAGGAGGCCACCACUGCACCUGAGAGGGCAGGGUUGCAGGCUAGAAGUUUCUCUGACUCAGUGCCCAGCCCAGCCCUCUGCCUCUGGGCAUGCUGCAGAGGGCUGCCUUGGAGCCAGUGCCAUGUGUGGAAACUGAAGAAGCCAGCAACCUGGCCAGGGCCCAGACCCGUUCUCACGGUGAUGGUUUCCUCGUGGUCACUCAGGACAAAAUGACGUUCCAGCUAGGGAAGAGGGAAGGAGGUCAGGCUUCUUUCCUGUUCUGAACAGUCAGGAAUGUGUAAGACUUUGAACCCGACGCAGGCUUCAGUGGUUGCCGUGGAUCAGAAGCGUGAGCGCUUUGGCUCGAGACAAUUAAAGACGUGGGAUGAGGCUCCGAGACAGGACGCGGUUCUGCCUGGGGAUUCUGAAGAUAAAAAGCUUUGAAAAGUCGAAUUCAUGGUCGUGGAAACCGAGCCCAUAUUAAGAAAUGUCAGGCGUCCGACCUCCGAUCAUGAACGGGCCCCUGCACCCACGGCCCCUGGUGGCGCUGCUUGAUGGCCGGGACUGCACAGUGGAGAUGCCCAUCCUGAAGGACGUGGCCACCGUGGCCUUCUGUGACGCGCAGUCCACACAGGAGAUCCACGAGAAGGUCCUGAAUGAGGCUGUGGGGGCCCUGAUGUACCACACCAUCACGCUGACCAGAGAGGACCUGGAGAAGUUCAAAGCCCUCCGAAUAAUUGUCCGGAUUGGCAGUGGUUUUGACAACAUCGACAUCAAGUCGGCCGGAGACUUAGGCAUCGCCGUCUGCAAUGUGCCGGCAGCAUCUGUGGAGGAGACGGCCGACUCGACCAUGUGCCACAUCCUGAACCUGUACCGGAGGACCACCUGGCUGCACCAGGCGCUGCGGGAAGGCACUCGCGUCCAGAGCGUCGAGCAGAUCCGUGAAGUGGCUUCCGGAGCUGCCAGGAUCCGUGGGGAGACCUUGGGCAUCAUUGGACUAGGUCGUGUGGGGCAGGCGGUUGCGCUGCGGGCCAAGGCCUUCGGCUUCAACGUCCUCUUCUAUGACCCAUACCUGUCGGAUGGCGUUGAGCGCGCCCUGGGGCUGCAGCGCGUGAGCACCCUGCAGGACCUCCUCUUCCACAGUGACUGCGUGACCCUGCACUGCGGCCUAAACGAGCACAACCACCACCUCAUCAAUGACUUCACCGUGAAGCAGAUGAGACAAGGGGCGUUCCUGGUGAACACAGCCAGAGGCGGCCUGGUGGACGAGAAGGCACUGGCCCAGGCCCUGAAGGAGGGGCGGAUCCGCGGCGCCGCCCUGGACGUGCACGAGUCGGAGCCCUUCAGCUUUAGCCAGGGCCCCCUGAAGGACGCCCCCAACCUCAUCUGCACCCCUCAUGCGGCAUGGUACAGCGAGCAGGCAUCCAUUGAGAUGCGCGAGGAGGCGGCCCGGGAGAUCCGGAGAGCCAUCACAGGCCGGAUCCCAGACAGCCUGAAAAACUGCGUCAACAAGGACCACCUGACGGCCGCCACCCACUGGGCCAGCAUGGACCCAGGCGUUGUGCACCCCGAGCUGAAUGGGGCCGCCUACAGCAGGUACCCCCCGGGCGUGGUGGGUGUGGCCCCCACUGGCAUCCCGGCCGCCGUAGAAGGCAUUGUCCCCAGCGCCAUGUCCCUGUCCCACGGCCUGCCCCCUGUGGCCCACCCACCCCACGCCCCUUCUCCUGGCCAAACUGUCAAGCCCGAGGCGGAUAGAGACCACGCGAGCGACCAGUUGUAGCCCGGGAAGAGCUCGCCAGGCCCAGCGCCUGGGCAGAGGCCCCGCAUCCCUCGGACUGGAGCGGGCAGAGGCGGCGCCGUCGUGGGGGCUGCAGCACCCCAGAGACUGGUCCGGGCCGUGUGGGAGGCAGGGGCGGCGCUGGCCCUCCCGUGUCCACUGUAGUUGUCCCGUCCCAUGGGCUGGCUCACUGUCCUGUGUCCUUUGCGUUCCUCGUUAAGCAAAAGAAGUUAGUAGUUAAUUCCAUCAUGAAUGUUCUUGUCUGUGUACAGUUUUUAGAACAUUACAAAGGAUUUGUUUGCUUAGCUGUCAACAAAAAGAAAACCUGAGGGAGCAUUCAGCGAGUGGAUUUGAGAUUAUUUUUUCUUUUUGUAUGUUGGAACGUGCCCCAGAAUGAGGCAGUUGGCAAACUUCUCAGGACAAUGAAUCCUUCCCAUAUUUCUUUUUAUGCCACACAGUGCAUUGUUUUUUCUACCUGCUUGUCUUAUUUUUAGAAUAAUUUAGAAAAACAAAAGCUGUUUUUCCUAAUUUUGGCAUGAACCCCCUUGUUCCAAAUGGAGAUGGCAUCACAAGGCAGCUCAGAGAGAGGAGCAUGUGGGUGACGCACAAGUGUGCUCACUGCCCGUCGACGUCUGUCCUGGGGGAUGCGGAGGGACGGCAGCGUCCCCACCUGCACCGGUGCCGUCCUGCUGAUGUGUUAGGCUAGCAAUAUUUUGGUUAAAAUCAUGUUUGUGACCGUAACCAUUUGUAUGAAUUAUUUUAAAGAAAUAAAAAUCCCAGAAAGAGCUGA